GUCAGAAACCUACUCGACCAAGGAAUAAAGCCAACCUAGGCUACGAGAGCUUGCUGUCAGUAGGGGAUAUUUGGCUCGAGUCCAGCAACCUUAAAACUGUACUCGGAGCACAAACCGAACUCUUCCCACAAACAGCAUUACAUAUACAGAUAGCUCUGCCCCUCUACCGCCCUGCAUCAACUUUCUUCCCUCCCAGCUUCACAACCUUCGUUCACAGGCGACUCCACAAGAAACUCAUCGGCGUUUAGGCUCGGACUGAGAGAGAGAUGGCGGCUGGGAAGCGCACCAUUGGCAUAGGCAUGGACUACUCGCCGUCGAGCAAGGCCGCGGCGAGGUGGGCGGUCGACAACCUGGUGAAGGCCGGCGACCGGAUCAUCCUCGUCCAUGUCCUCCCAAAGGGGGCGGACGCCAGCCACAAGGAGCUCUGGAAGAGCACCGGCUCACCUUUGAUUCCUCUGCCGGAGUUCAUGGAGAUGAACGUGCAGGCGAGGUACGGGCUGAACCCUGAUAAGGAGGUACUGGAGAUCCUGCAAGCUGCAUCCAAGGCCAAGCAGGUGGAAGUGCUAGCAAAAAUUUACUGGGGCGAUGCAAGGGAGAAACUCUGUGAGGCAGUAGAUGAUCUCAGGGCGGACUCAUUUGUGCUUGGUUGCAGGGGCUUAGGGCCACUGAAAAGGGCUCUCCUUGGAAGUGUCAGCAACUACGUAGUCAACAAUGCAACAUGCCCGGUUACAGUGGUGCGUGGACCGACUAUGUCAAGUGCCUGAUCUUUUUUGCUUAAAGUUGGAGCUUUCGUAAUGCGAGGCACAUUAGGUAUAUCUGAGUUGAGGUUGUUUGAAAGGAUGGUGAUGUUUGGCUCUGGCUAUUAGCUUCAGCAUUAUUACUUGAAAUCCGUUGUCCAGUUAUGAUAUCAGCAAAUUUCCCUCUGUUACAUCGAUUUACAUUUCUGCUGUUUUUCAUGAAAGAUAUGUAAGCAAUUGUCUAGAAACUUAUUUAA